AAAAUUAGAUACGCGAAGUGUUGAAAGGAUUUGAAAGGAAAUUUUUGUAAAAUCGUUUUUCGCGUGCGAACGUUAAUGUAAUCCCGUCAAGAAAGAUGCAUUCAAGGCUUCGCUAUUUUGUGUUUGUCAUCGCACUAUUCAUAGAAUGGAUGAUAAUGGUGGUAGAUUGUAAUACAGCCCUUCGAACAGUGCAUAUUAGUGCUAAAAGUACGCUUCAACUUAAUGCCGACGCAUUAUUCAUUAAGCGUUAUAACUCCACCUCUUCGCCGGUGUUUGAGUCAACAACGGCAACGUCGUUAUCAUUAUCAUCAAGCACCUUAAGUUUAACUAGUUUGCGUUGGCGUAAAAGGCAUCGUAAACGCCAUAGCAUUUGGUAUGAUUACAAUAAUUAUAAUGAAAACAGCACCACGUUGGAAUGGGCAAAUCCAUGUGGCGGUUUCUACGAUCCAAAUGCCAAGCAAUCACAUAAACCUAAUAAACGGAAACAACUAAAGAUUUAUAGUAUUUUAAAGAGAUCAGCUAAUAAUGAUUAUAAGACUUUAAUGGGUAGUCGCCAGCAAGAUAUUGAUAUUAGCAACAUUGAAAUGUGGUGGCUCCAUCAUAAUACCUAUAAAUUUCUACCAAAGUUGAAAAUGAACUCAAGCAUUGCUUUGAAACGUUGGUAUCGUAAUAUGCAAACGUAUGUAGCAUCGUUCGGUUACCUAAGACGAAUACAAUUGAAAUUCGAUCAUACAAAAUCCCAAGGCGAAAGCAGUACAGCACGUGAACUAAAGGAAUUACUAAAAAGUUCACGGAAUAUGUUAUGCGAACUGGAGACGGCUGUUAACGGCACUCAAUCGUUUAAAGGCUAUCGCUUUCGUAAACAAUUACCGCAAGUAAGCCGCUCGCAAAUGAACAAACGUUUAAAAUUGCGAACUAAACAGCAACUUGAUCGCAAUCCGACUGAUAUACAGCGAGCUGAUUCAAUCGAUUUACGUUUCGUAAAAUUCUUUUAUUAUAAAUAUUUGAAAAAUAUGUGCAAAUUAUUGCGCGAAUAUAUUAAAAAUAAAGACAAACUUGAAAGGGGUCCAUCGCGUCGUGCCUUUAAUGAAGUGGACAAACCGAUGAAACGUUUAAGGAAAAAUAGACACUCACUUAACAUGGAUCGUAUAUCCCGUGUAAAAAAGAAUAAAAAUCUAAGAAUUAUAUCCAAUCUUGUGUAG